AUGGAUUGUAGAAUUUGGCUCUUCGCUCUAUUUUCUUUGUACAUUUUUUCAGGAAUAUCUGUAUCAUCAGAUAGUGGUGGUCAAUGGUGUGUGGCUGACAUAGGAGCUUCAGAAUCUGAUCUACAAGCAGCUCUUGAUUAUGCUUGUAGUAAAGGAGGUUCAGAUUGUUCACAAAUUCAACCUGGAGCAAUCUGUUAUGAACCAAACACUCUCAUUGGUCAUGCUUCUUAUGCCUUCAAUGACUACUACCAGAAGAAUCCAAUACCUACCAGUUGUGUAUUUGGAGGAACUGCAAAGUUUACAAGCCAAGAUCCAAGCAAUGGACAAUGCCAUUAUGCAUCAUCCUAUUCAAGCUCGCUGAGUCCACCAAUGCCAAUGUCUGGCGAAAGCCAACCGAGUCCACCAUCACUUGGAGGCUACCCAUGGAGUCCACCAACAUUUGGCGACUGUCCACCAGGUUUUGCAACCCCGCCUCAAGGAUCUGACUCAGCCCCAACUGCUCUUCAUUCUCUGUCAUUGUUGUUCACAUGUCUCUUGGUUUCACUUCAAGUAGCAAAUCACAUUUAGACAGAAAAAA